GUUAGACCAAUCGUUUAUAAUUUAAAAUCCAAUAUCAGAUAGUGCAAAACAGUGUACGCAAAACAUCGGUGAUGACUUAAGAAUAUCUCUUUCUUUAUUUUAUGAUGGUGGGAAUUUGAUAUAAAGUGUGAAAACUUCAAGAACCCGAUAAAGAGCGACCAUGGACAGUACAAUACAGGCAGCUGUGCUCUGUGUGGCGAUCGCCAUCACAUUAGUUUUCAACGUCUUCGUCAUCGUCCUUGUUGCGUUACGUAAACGUCUUCGGACGCCGGUGACCUUCCCAAGGAGCAUUAUUUACGUGUUUAUUGCCGUGAUAGACAUUUUAGGGGCCCUCUUCUGGACGCUGUUUACUGUGUUAGAGGCACUGGAUAUGAAGUUAUUACAAGAUCACAUGAACACUUGCAAGGCUCAAGUGGUUGUUAUGUUUAUUUGUAACCUCCUCAAUGCGCAUGUGCUAGCUGCUCUGAUGUUCGAGCGUUUUUUGAAAUUGUUCAAGCCGUCUAAGCACCAGGAAAUAUUUUUUGACUUAAUCGUUAUUCUGUUCCUGGUGACGCUCCUCGUCUUCGACACAGUCAUCGCCAACUUCCCAACCUGGGGCUUCGGAGAGGUUUCCUUUUUUGAGGACCAGAACCAGUGCGGUGUCGACUUUUCAUACUCUGUGUCGCACUUACAGUUUACGAUUAUCCUGCAUUACGCACUCCCGCUUGUGCUGGUAAUAGGAUUUUACGUAGCCAUUAACAUCCGGCUGUGCACAUUACGCAAACGUCGAGCCCCCAAUGGUGACAUCAUUGUUGAAGAAGAUCUGACAGUAGUUGGGGAUUCGUACUCCGACCGUCUUAAGGCGAUGUACUCCAAAUUCAAAGAUGCUGGGUCAAGUUCAACUAAACCGAAGGUCAAGGAAGAAACCAAAGGUUAUAACAACGAUGGUUACCAUAGUGACGAAGAUGUCGGCUCCUCCGACGAGGAAAAUGUGAACGGAGAAAAUGUUUCACAGAAAAAGAGCAAGACCGCAAUGAAGCUCAAAAAGACUCACUAUCUCGCUAGAGCCGACGUAAUGACAACCCACAUGUACGCGCUGAUGUCGCUCCUCUAUUUUGGAAUGUGGACACCCUACAUCGCAUGGGCCAUCAUCCACACCUACUACUACUACGACACUGCAAUGAGUGCUGACGUAAUCCUCACGAUUGUGAUUCUUACACACUUUGGCGCUUGCGUGAAAGUGCCCCUCUACUUCCUGUCGGAGAAAAUGCGCGCGGCCGUCGGCAAGACGUUUGGUUGUGAAAAGAAAAAGAACCGGAAGACAGACUUUGAUGAUACCAGGGAGAAAAAGGCUGAGCAGACCACGACGGAACUGUAGCUGUGUGAUCACGUGUCCCACAUGAUGAAUAUUCAAUAGCUACGUUUUUAUUGGUAUUGAUAUUAUUUAAAAAAAAGGUAGAUUAUACUAUCUUGAAUUUGUUGCAAACAGGCAUACAACAGCAACACCCAUUUAUGAUUAGCUAACAUAAUAAGACAUUUGUGAAGACGUUUGUUAAAACGUUUGAAGCAUGCUUAAACAUAAUAUUGUACAGUCGGUCGUAUCAUUUCUGAUUCAUGAACUCUCGCUUUAAAUCUUUGUAAUUUUACUUACUAUUAUUUGUUUUUAUCUUAGUUUUUUUUAAACAACAACAACUUUUUUUGUUUAAAAACGAUUGUGAAGAAACUUACAUUAACCUAUGCUAAGUCACUCUCGUUGGUACGAUGUUGAGAGAGUGUGGUCUAAUUGGAUCUGAUGUAAACCUACUUCUCCGGCUUGCUGACCACCUAUCAAACUCACAUACGCCCAGGCCGGGGAUCGAGCCCGGGACGCAUUGGUGUGAAGCUAGUGCGUUAACCACUGCACUUACCGAACAGCCAAACUGUUUGAUAUUGUUCACAGUCCCUUGUAUCUUUAAUAAUGACAUUGUAAUACGCAUGCUUAAAUUGUUAUCGGAACUUAUACAACUAUGUUACCGUAUGUUGUAAAUCUGCGGGUCAGAUAUAAACCAUUUUGUGCUUAA